UAAGAUGGCUGUAUCUCGCGGAGCCUCGUGCUGGUUUGGUUGAUUUCUAGCUCGCGCUCUCGUUCUGUAACAGAAGGCCCCCCUCCAACACACACACACUCACUUGUGUCGGUUAAAUUCACUUCCCUGGCUCUGUAUUUAUACAUUUUUUCUUUCACAAACUUUCCCCUCUCUGUUUUAACUUUAAACGGAGUCGCGGUGGAUUACCGGAUACCGGUCCGGGCGGAGGGAAAAGGGGGGAAUGAACCGGGACAACGGGUACGUUGUUAUAAAUAUACUUGUAUUUAUAUUCAAUGGUUAUUCGAAGUUUGAUUGUGUGUGAGUCGCCGUGCUGAGAGAGAGGCAGAGAAAGAGUGGGGGAGAGAGAGAGAGGGAUAUCAUGGCCGCUCAGGUCGCUAGCGUCGCCACUCUCAACACUAGCCCGCCAUCCGAACUAAAAAAGCCGGAUCGGGACACACAGGAGGAGUCGGUACCGGGAGAGAAACAGCAUGAAAAUAAGGAACCGGGACCUGACGGCGGAUCUCCUGGGCAGAAGGAGCUGCAGGACGGGACCGAUGCUGGAAAUGCUGGGGGAGGAGGGGAUCCUGACAUGAAGAACGGCAACGGGAAUUUACCCAGGGUAAAUAAUAAUAGCAGUAAUCAGAAUGAUACAGGCGGGCCCGAAGGGAAUAACCAUCCCGGGAUGGGACACCACCACCCGGGCCCCUUUCCUCCACCUCCUUACGGUUACAACCAGCACUACACCCGGGCCCCUUUUCAUCAACAUGGCGGACAACAAAGCCCUGGCAUGGCAGCUGCAUCGGGGCCGGGCAUGAUGGACUCUUACCCCCCUAAUUCACACGAACACGGCUACCCCAACCAUUACAACAACUACAGCCCGUUCCAGAACAGGACUUCUUACCAGGGCCCGGGAUACGGGGCCAUGAAUUCCCCGCGUAACAACCAGCCUCCGGCUGGGGGGCAGCCAGGCAAGCAACAGCCAGCAGGAGGAACCACAGCUAUGGCUGCCUCUUAUAAUAAUCAGAGAUAUAACAUGGGAAACCAACAACCUACGUCUACGCCAACUUUAAAUCAGCUUUUGACAUCCCCCAGCCCUACCAGGAGCUACCCGAAUUAUCCCCAAGGAGACUAUAACAAUCAGGAGGGGGCCAACAAGGGACCAGGGGAUAUGGGCAGCAGUCAGUAUGGUGGGGUCCAUCCGGCUUGGCAACAAAGGACCCACCAUCCGCCUCCCAUGAGCCCGGGAAACACUGGACAACCUCCAAACAGAAAUCAGCCUCCAGGCCCAAUGGACCAGGUAGGGAAGAUGCGCAGCCAACCAUAUGGAGGACCCAACCCCUUCUCGCAGCAGCAGCAAGGACCUCCCACAGGGCCUGGACCCCAGCAGGCAGGCUCUUACCCAGGGCAAGGCUAUGGCCCUCCGGGCCCUCAGAGGUACCCUAUUGGGAUGCAGAGCCGACCACCCGGAACCAUGAGUGGCAUGCAAUACGGACAACAGAUGUCAGCAUAUGGACAACAGGGCCCAGGAGGCUAUGGACAGCAAAGUCAGGGCUACUAUGGUCAGCAUGGCCCUGCGCCUCACCCUGGACAGCAGCAACCUCCAUACUCUGGCCAACCCCAGGGAACCUCUGGACCUUCAUACCCCCAACAGGGCCAUCCUUCACAGACUCCAGGCCAACACGGGCAGCCAGGACCCCCAUACCAACAAUCUCAAGGUCCCCACGGCCCUCCUCAGAGUCAACCUCCGUAUAGCCAGCCCCAGCAGUCUCAGCCAGGACAGCCACCCUAUGUAUCUCCCCAGCAACAGCAGAGUCAACAACAGCAGCAGCAGCAGCAGGGACCUGGUCCGCAAAGUCAGCAGGGCUCUCAGGGCCAGCCUGGGUACCCGCAACCCUCUGGUCCAGGGCAGCCACCACAGCAGCAAACCCCACAGCAGCAUUAUCAGAGGUUCCCACCUCCUCCACAGGAACUCUCCCAGGAUUCCUUCAGCUCACAGUCCAGCGCUCCUCCAUCUAACCAGCCAAACAAGAGCAGUCAAGAAGACAGCAUGCAGGCGCGGCCAUCCAGUCUGCCGGAUUUAUCCGGCUCCAUCGACGACCUUCCCACUGGUACAGAAGGCGCUUUGAGCCCGGGUGUCAGCACCUCGGGCGUGUCCAGCAGCCAGGGCGAGCAGAGCAACCCGGCCCAGUCACCCUUCUCCCCGCACACUUCGCCUCACCUGCCGGGCAUACGUGGACCCUCGCCGUCACCUGUGGGUUCCCCAGCUAGCGUCACCCCUUCUCGCACCGGCCCCCUGUCCCCCGCUGCUGUGCCAGGUAAUCAGAUGCCUCCUCGGCCGCCCAGCGUCCAGUCAGACAGCAUCAUGCACUCAUCCAUGAGCCAGGACAGAGUGUACAUGCGCAAUCCUCAGAUGCCUCCUUACGGGUCCCCUGGACAGCCUGGCUCGGCCUUAUCUCCACGCCAGUCUUCAGGAGUCCAGAUGCAUGGUGGGAUGGGCCCUUAUCCUCAGAACAAUACCAUGGGAAACUACGUCCCUCAGGGGGGCCAGUACGGCCCGCCAGGUUAUCCCAGGCAGCCCGGCUACACAGGGAUGCCCAACGCCAAUUACCCCAGUGGCCCCGGCAUGGGUGGCUCCAUGAACCCCAUUCCCGGUCAGGGCAGCGGGGCUCCGUAUGGAAGCAUGCCACCGGGCAGGAUAGGUCCUGGGCAGAUGGGCACUCGGCCUUACGGUCCUGCCAUGGCCUCCAAUAUGGGCGGCAUGCCUCCUCAGGUGGGGUCCGGCAUGUGUCCCCCUCCGGUCAUGACGAGGAAGGAUGGUGGUCCUUCCAUGCACCACGGACCAACAAACUCUAUACACAACAGGCCACCCAGCUAUCCUAACAUGUCCCAGGGCAUGAUGGGAGCAGGCUCUCCGUAUGGCCCAGGCAUGAACAGCAUGCACAGUAUGAUAAACCAAGGUGGGCCAGGGCCGUAUCCAAUGGCAGGAGCAAACAUAGCCAACAAUAGCCCUGGAAUGGCUCCAAGUUCAGAGUUUGGCAUGGACAAAAUGAAUCCUGCUCCGAAGAUGAACAACAAAGUGGACGGGACUCCCAAGCCAGAAUCCAAGAAGAAGUCGAGCUCUUCCACCAUCACCAAUGAGAAAAUAACCCGUCUGUACGAGCUUGGCCCGGAGCCAGAGAGGAAAAUUUGGGUGGACCGAUACUUGGCCUUUGCUGAGGAGAAAGCCAUGGGCAUGAACAAUCUGCCCGCUGUGGGCCGUAAGCCCCUCGAUCUCUUCAGGCUCUACAUAUCCGUCAAAGAGAUCGGCGGCCUCACCCAGGUGAACAAGAACAAGAAGUGGAGGGAGCUGGCUACCAACCUGAACGUGGGCACGUCGAGCAGCGCAGCCAGCUCGCUCAAAAAACAGUACAUCCAGUGUUUGUACGCCUUUGAGUGCAAAAUGGAGCGCGGCGAGGACCCUCCCCCAGACUUCUUCAACACGGACACCAAAAAGAACCAGCCCAAAAUCCAGCCUCCCAGCCCAGCUGGUUCUGGAUCCCUGCAAGGACCCCAAACCCCUCAGUCCACCACUAGUUCAAUGGCAGAGGGGGGAGACCUGAAGCCCCCCACACCAGCCUCCACCCCACACACGCAAAUGCCCCCAAUGCCUGGCGUAAGGAGUAGUGUUAAUCUACAGGAUCCCUUUGCCGAUGGCGGAGACCCAGCGUUUCCCAGGAGGAACGCCAUGACUCCCAACUCUCAGGGCUAUCAGCCUGGGAUAGGCACCCCGGAGAUGAUGGGUCGGAUGGGUCCCUACGAGUCCAACAAGGACCCCUUUGGAGGCAUGAGGAAAGCAGGGGAACAGUUCAUGCCACCCGGCCCCAACAGUGGAAUGGGGGAACAGUAUAACAGAGGUCCACCAGGCCCAAUGGCCAACAUGCCAAUGAGCCAGAGGCAACAGUACCCGUAUGGAUAUGAACGAAGACAAGAGCCAGGCAUGGGCCCUGAUGUCAACAUGGGACCGGGAGCUCCUCAGCCCAACAUGAUGCCUUCUGGAGCUGACACAGGGAUGUACUCGCCUAGCCGUCCUCCACCACAGCAACGGCAUGAGUCCUAUACAAAUCAGUUCCCUGGCCAAGGAGCUCCCCCUGGUGGGCCUUACCCAAAUCAGCAGCCAGGAAUGUAUCCACAGCAGCAGCCAAACUACAAACGUCCUGUGGAUGGUGGGUAUUGUCCUCCUGCCAAGCGCCAUGAGGGAGAAAUGUACAACGUUCCUUACAGUGGGCAGCAACAGCCAGGACCCCAGUCCUCGGGGCCACAGAGCCAGCAGGACAUGUAUAAUCAGUAUAAUGCAUACCCUGGAGGGGAGCGCCGACCGCCAGGCCCACAGAACCAGUUCCCCUUCCCCUUCGGACGGGAUCGAGGGCCGUCAUCUGCAGGCCCCAAUUCCCAGUCUCCGAUGCCUCCCCAGAUGAUGGCAAGUCCCAUGCCUUCAGGCCCCGAUGGUUCCCAGGGCCCAAUGUGGCAGGGCCGCAAUGAGAUGGGCUACCCCAACUAUCCCAACCGACAGGGACCCCCUGUGUCGGGCCAGGGUCCCGGCUUCCACGGCAUGAACCGCUCAGAAGAUAUGAUGCCAUCAGAUCAACGCAUGAACCACGAGGGACAGUGGCCUGGCCACGCCAACCAGCGACAGCCUCCGUUUGUCCCCACAGGCUCUGGACCACCCAUGACCAGAUCCCUGCCCUCCACCUACUCGGCUUCCCAAAACCACAUUCCUCAGGUGUCGAGCCCAGCAUCCAUGCCCCGAUCCAUGGAAAGCAGAACGUCGCCCAGCAAAUCCCCCUAUAUGCAUCCUGGAAUUAAGGUGCAGAAAGCUGGACCUCCAGUUCCCGCGUCCCACAUUGGCCAGGCUCCCGUGCAGCAACCCAUGAUCCGGCGAGAUGUGGCCUUCCCUCCUGGCUCUGUGGAAGCUACCCAGCCCCACCUGAAACCCCGCAGGCGGCUCACCAUGAAAGACAUUGGCACUCCUGAGGCUUGGAGAGUAAUGAUGUCAUUAAAGUCUGGCUUAUUAGCUGAGAGCACCUGGGCCUUGGACACCAUUAACAUUCUGCUGUAUGAUGACAAUAGCAUUACUACUUUUAACCUUUGCCAGCUACCUGGAUUUCUGGAGCUGGUAGUGGAGUACUUCAGACGCUGUCUCAUUGAGAUCUUUGGCAUCCUUAAGGAGUAUGAAGUAGGAGACCCUGGCCAGCGCACCCUAAUAGACCCCAAUGCAGCUGAGGACUCUGAUGAUGAAAUUCCCAUGCCUGAGGGCGAGGACAUGAAUUCGGACGAGGAGGACGAGGAGGAUGAGGAGGUAGAGGAAACAAAGACCAACCCUGACACUUCUUCACUGGUCCAGGUAAAGGAGGAGGAGGAGGAGGAAGAGGAGAACUCCCACAAAGAUAAGUCUUCAGAGGAUGAGGAAGAUGAGAAGGAAAGGGAGUCUUCUAUCAAGGAAGCCAAUACCUCUACCUCAGGGUUCUCCCACGACCCCAGUAUACACUCGGAAAAGCCCAAACAGGCCAGCAAGUUUGAUAAACUCCCCAUCAAGGUGGUGCGGAAGAAGAAUCCCUUCCGGCUAAACCGCUUGUCCAAGCUUGGGCAGCGGCAGAGCUUUGACAGCGGCCUGAUACACUGGAGCGUGGGUGGUGGUGACACUACUGAGCACAUCCAGACCCACUUUGAGAGCCGGAUGGAGCUUCUCAAGCAGCGAAAACAAACAACAGCAGCCGCUGACAACCGCAAGAAGGUCAAGGCGAAUGGGACAGCGGCAGCAGCAGAAAACCCAGAGAAGCCUAAAUCCAGUGGUGACGAUAAGGUUCGGCAGCAGCAGCCCCAGUUUUCUGAACCCCACAAGUCUCCAACAAAGACUACCACGCCUCCUCUUCCCAUUGGCGCACCAGUCACUGCCACCAUUGACGAUGUACUAUCCGCUCGCCCGGGGUCGGUCACGGAGGAAGUAGUUCGUGGAGGUGCCGAGGAGCAGAAGGAGAACGGCAAGUAUUUGUUCAGCAUCAACCCCGAUCUCCAGAGCCGCCGCAACAUCAAGAUCCUGGAGGAUGAACCUCACAGCAAGGAUGAAACGCCACUUAGCACUCUAUCAGACUGGCAGGACUCGCUAGCUCGGCGCUGCAUCUGCGUCUCCAACAUUGUGAGGAGCCUCUCCUUCGUUCCUGGCAAUGACCUGGAGAUGUCCAAACACCCUGGCCUCCUGUUGCUGUUGGGCCGCCUGGUGCUGCUCCACCACAGGCACCCUGAACGCAAACAGGCGCCUGUUACCUACGAGAAGGACGAGGAAGACGAAGGCGUGAGCUGCGAGAGAGACGAGUGGUGGUGGGACUGCCUUGAAGUGUUAAGGGAGAACUGCCUGGUCACUCUGGCAAACAUCUCCGGCCAGCUGGACCUUUCUAUCUACCCAGAGAGCAUAUGCCUGCCUCUCCUUGAUGGCCUGCUCCACUGGGCUGUGUGCCCUUCAGCAGAGGCCUUGGAUCCCUUUCCCACGCUGGGGCCCCACGGCUCCCUUUCACCCCAGAGACUGGUCCUCGAGACCCUCAGCAAGCUCAGCAUCCAGGACAACAACGUCGACCUCAUUCUGGCCACUCCGCCAUUCAGCCGCUUGGAGAAGCUCUACGGCUCGCUCGUGCGACUCGUCGGCGAGCGCAAGGUGGCCGUCUGCCGUGAAAUGGCGGUGAUCCUGCUAGCUAACCUAGCCCAGGGUGACAGCCUUGCAGCGCGAGCGAUCGCCGUGCAGAAAGGCAGCGUGGGCAACCUACUGGGCUUCCUGGAGGACAGCCUAGCGGCUACGCAGUACCAGCAGAGCCAGAGCUCCCUGCUACAAAUGCAGGGUGGACCCCAGUUUGAGCCUACUAGUGUGGACAUGAUGCGGCGGGCAGCGCGGGCUUUGCACGCCCUGGCUAAGGUGGAAGAAAACCACUCUGAAUUCACUUUGUACGAGUCGCGGCUACUGGACAUCUCAAUGUCCCCACUUAUGAACUCUCUGGUGUCCCAAGUAAUCUGUGAUGUACUGUUUCUGAUCGGCCAGUCAUGACAGCCGUGGAGAGGUUUCAGCUCUGCCUCUUUCUAUUCCCCCUAAACCACCUUUUUGUGUGUGCGCGUGCGUGCGUGUGUCUGUUAGUUGCGCGUGAGUGACAAAAGCAAAACUUUUUUUUUUUAGUUUUUGUUUUUUUUUAAUUUAUGCAAAAUCAACUCGGAUUCCACUGUCUUUCUUACCCCUGCUUCUCUCUAUAAGGAAGGAAUAUCAUGAAGUAGCUGUUGAUUUCAAACAUCUGAAACUGAAAGAAACUGGCAAAGAAGAACAGACUGGGACCCAGGCAUAGGACAGAGUGUGCUGCUGCCCUGUAGAAAAGACUUUUUUUUGUUUUUGUUUUUUUUUAUUGAAAAAAAAAUCUCCAGAAAGAGAAAAAAAAAAAAGAAAAAACUGUAACCAAAGUUGCUGUCUCGUUUACAGUGAGUUUGGGG